AUGACAGCACCAUUCCAGUUCCCACCAACAUAUAACUUCCCACCCUUCUUCACCCCGCAACCCAACACCAACACCCGACACAGCCAGCUCCAGAAAUGGUCCUCACUGAUCCAAUCAUGGUGUCGACAUCACCGACAAUACCGAAUCUCUUUAAUCGAAGCAGUCGAGACCCCCCUCUUCCACAACGCAGCCUUGCGCAAGCGUCUUGAUCUGCGCGAGGCUCGCGCAGUGGUGGAUUGGAUGAGCAAGAGUGAGGAGGACGGCGGGGGAGGACGGCGAGCCGAGUGGAUUAAUGAGUCUGGGAAGGCGAUGGCAUGGAUUUGGUGGAAGAGGCCUGAGGAGUGGGCGGAUAUUUUGGUGGAGUGGGUUGAGGGGACAGGGCAGCGGGGGUCUGUUUUGACGGUUUAUGAGUUGAUUCAGGGAGAUAUGACCAUGUCGCAAGAAUUCCAUGGCAUGGAUACAGAUGUGAUGCUUCGAUCGCUUAAUAUCCUUGUGAAGAGAGGCAAGGCACAGAUAUUUGGCGCUGAGGGUCAGGAGGGUGUGAAAUUCUUUUGA